UUCGCUCUGAUAGUAAUAAAACUUUAAUUUCUCUUAUCAUCUUCUUGCCAGUGCUCCUCCUGGCUUUCCAACAUGUCGACAACUGCUGUAGAAACCGUCACCACCUCUCCCGCGACUCUCACCACUGCCGUCAAUGAUAUUAAUCUCGAUUCGUAUGAUGAAGAGCAAGUAAGACUUAUGGAAGAGAGGUGCAUUCUUGUCACUCCCGAGGACAAGGUUUAUGGCGAAGGAAGUAAAAAAGUCUGUCACCUCAUGUCUAACAUCAACACUGGUCUUCUUCAUCGUGCUUUUUCCGUUUUCCUUUUCCGCCCCGCCGAUGGCCGUCUCCUCCUUCAAAAACGUGCCGACGAAAAGAUAACUUUCCCCAGCAUGUGGACCAAUACUUGCUGUUCUCAUCCGUUGAGUAUCAAAGCUGAACUUGUGGAAGAGCACCAGGCAGGCGUGAAAGCCGCCGCCAUUAGAAAACUUCCUCAAGAGCUGGGAAUACCAGAGAGUCAACUUAAGCCUGAGGACUUCCAUUUCCUCACUCGGAUACACUAUCUGGCGCCUAGUAGUGGCGUCUGGGGAGAGCACGAGAUCGACUACAUUCUGUUCUCUACCCUCAACGUGGACCUUGACCUCAACCCCAACGAGGUCAGUGAUGCCAAAUAUGUUUCAAAAUCUGAACUUGAGGCCAUGUUCACCGAUCCUUCCAAUUCAUUCACCCCGUGGUUCAAGCUUAUUGCUCGAGACCUUCUUUUCCCUUGGUGGGAUGAGAUGCUUGCCAAGUCUAGAUCGGCCGGGUGGGACGAGGAGAGCGGAGUUGGAGAGGUUCGAGCGGACGUACUGGCUAACGGACCGAAAAUAAAUGAGCUCAUUCGGAUGAUCUGAGUUCUGUCAUAGUUAAAGAGAGCAGCAUUGAUCUUUGAGAUAGUGGACGGCGUUUUGGACAUUCGUGUAAUUUCAUACUUUUUUUUGGACAUAAUGGAGGUAUAUUCUCUAUCUUAGCGCUGCAUUAAUCGGAUGUUCUAGUCGAAACGGAAGUUUUGCUUUGAAAUGAACUCCCCCUCGAUAGAUCUAAUGAUAUAUGUCGGAUCGAC